AUACACUCCUUGUUUUGCUCUCUCGAUCAGUCCUCAACCAUACAGUGCCCUCCAUCCACACAGUGCGCGUGAAGGUGCACAGGCUCGGUGACACUGCGUCCAGGUCUUGGGGAAUACGAGGCAAGUUGGAAGAAGACAUUUUAAGGACAGCAAUAAUACACAACAAAUUCUCGGCGCCACCGUGCAGAAUAUUUUGUAAUUAUAGUAAAAUGGCAGAUCCAAUGACCCAGUUCGACCAGAUAUCAUCGUCUCAGGGGCUGGCCGAUGGACAAAACUCUGUUGCGGCCAAAGACUCAAAAAUGUCCGAUUCCUUUCUUUCCUCUUCGCCUGUAUCUCUCAUUCAGUCUCCGCAAGACAAAAGAGUGGCACUGGGCUCUGACAAGCCCUCCUCAGAAGCCGUGACCACCUCCCUUCGCUUCGCCGGGCCUUCUCAGUCCGGCUCGUUUUCGCCCGCUAACUAUGGGAGCGAAGCAUCAUCAGGUCCGUCUGAUGGAAAGCCAGAUUCGCCAAUCGUGACAUCCCCCGUGUCUGAAAGGAUAAAGGCACUGGAGGCCCUGGCAGCAAAGAAGGAGCCAGAGCCCAAGACGGAUGGAGGCUUUCCUCACUUCAAGGAGCGCCACUAUGAAAAGUCUCCUACUGAGGUGCCGGCAGAGACCACCUCACCCUUCCAGAAAAAAGGAGCUUCCACUGAUCAGGAUUCACCAGAGUCUCCCUUUGAGGUCCUGGGAGAAGCACGGCAAGGGAGUGAUUUUGAAGAUACCGCAGACUGGAUGAGAGCUCACUUACCCCCUGUGCCUGACUUUGAGGACAAAGUAGAUUCAAACAAAGAUGCUCUUGUGUUAGAGAACGAUGGCAGAUCCCAGGAUAUAAAAGGGGAAGAUAAAGCUAUAACUAAUGUUCCAGAGGCAUUUGCGUGUGUCCCUGACGCGUUCAUGGACUCUCCCAUCGAAGGGCCUAAACUUAAAAAUGUUUUCAAAGACCCAGCGCAGCAGUCUAGCGUUGAGGACGAAUCUGAAUUUGACCUGAGCUUCCUACCUACAGCAUACAUGACAGACACCCAAGGCCCAUCUGACCUUGACUCUGAGCUCCCUGCCUCUCCUGCCCCUCCUGCUGGUUUUAACUCUCCCUCACCACCCACUCCCUCUGACUCAAAAGAGAAGGACUCAAAGACCAAGCAGGCCCUAUGGGGUGAUGAGGCAGUCGAAGUCGACAGCUCAGGAGACUCUGAUGACACUGUCAUUGAGGAUGCAGUCUCCAUCCAUGCCCCUUCCUUCCCUGCCCCCUCUUUGUCAAGUGAUAGUGCACCUGCCCCCAACCCCUCUGUUCCCUCUCUCCCUACCGAAGAAGAGGAAACUCCUCCAGCAAAGCAGCCAAUGCAGGUCCCUACCAUCAAUGUUAUUGAGACAGACGAGCCGAAUUACAGCGAUGAGGAGAUGGAGAUGGAAGUGGAGGAAGAGGAGGAGGAGGAAAGUUCUGCAGUUGUGAAAGACACUGUGAAAGAGGCACCAAUAACCCCUGAGCCACAACCAGAUGUGACUAAAAAGGAAUUCUCCAAAAUUCCCCCCUUAGAAUAUGAGGGUUACUCUCCUCCCUCCUCUCCUGUCGACUCUGAUGCUGAAUACUCACCUAAACACAAGAUCUUGAAAUCUGAAUGCGAUACGGAUAAUCAAAAGACAACACUAUCUAAUGAUGGGAUGCAAGGUGCUGCUGUGUCAAAGAGCUCUAGUUCUGAGGUGUCACAAGCCCAGAAAGUUGAGUCUGAUAAAUCACAGAACCCCAAUGAGUCUAAUGAAAAGUCUUCUCCGUCCACUGCCAAACCUACUGAGAAAACCGCAGAGAACCUUUCAGACUUUACAGACUAUGAUGACGAUGACUGGUCAACUGACGCACAAGAAAUCUUAGUGAAGUCUAGCUCUGCUAACGUUACUUCUCAGGAUCCUGAACUUCACCCCACAUCCAAGUUUGAAGAGAACCCCAAGUCUGAUAUUAAACAAGAUUAUAUGCAGACAGUUGAGCUUUCAAAAUCCAACUACAUGCAGGAUGACACAAUCCGUAAAUACGACAGACAAUCUUUUGAGGACGAAGACGCACUGCCACCCACGGAUGACACCAUUGAAAAUAAAGAGCUGGACUUUGACACCGUACCAGAGCCUUCUCCCUCAGAUCCAACCUUUCAGAUCCAUAUCGGAACACUACUCCCUCAAAAUAAUGCAACUACCAUGAUCUCAGAUUUUGAGAAUCUCACCUCCAUGGAUGAAGAUUCCUUCCCCAAGCCAGUCGGUGGCCAGCCAUCUCCCAGGGAGUUUCCUAAAGAUCCAUUUUCCUCUUUCCAGAGCGAACUGCCCGGCAACACCAUGGAGCCCAAGACUGAGAAGAAACCUAACGAUGACGUCAUUGCAGAUCACAUAGUCAACAGCAAGACUCUCCCACCACAGGAAGCUGUGGCGGAGAAGGACACUAAAGCAGGACACCAUUCGCCAGACAAUACCAGUGAUCCAGAAAGCAUUGAGCCGGACUGCUCGGUCUCUGGUGCCACGGACAGCUUCGUCGAGUUCAUGAGGGAGUGCCUGAAGUCACGACAGGAUGAAGAUCCAGAAGACCUUCGUCAAGGUCUCACAGCCAAGGAUGAGUGUCCUCCCUCCCAGUCCACACCAACCAUGGUCAUGGAUCUGGAGCAGGAACACCUCACUAUCAAUGCCCUUAAAGAGUUGGGCAGCAGCCAAGAAGAGGAGGAUGACCUUCAGUCUAGUAUCAAGGCCUCUGAGGAAUCCCAGUCUUCCUUCACCUCAACAACCUCCGACCAUCCUUCUCCCCAAAACAAACCUACGUCCGACAGCGCGUAUUCCAAAGAGGUAGAGGCCAUCGACGUGUGGGUGGCCGAGGCCUACCACCUUGCAGAGCAUGUCUUGGCAGCAAUACUAACGCACUUGUCAGUCAAGGACUUGGUGCACUGGCGAGACCCCAAGAAGUCUGGCGUGGUGUUCGGCCUGUCCCUGCUGACGCUCCUGUCCCUGGCGGCGUUCAGCGUCAUCAGUGUGAUCUCCUACCUGCUCCUCGCCCUGCUCUGUGUCACCAUCACCUUCCGCAUCUACAAGUCCGUCGUCCAGGCCGUGCAGAAGUCCAACGACGGACACCCCUUCAAGGCUCUGAUGGAGAAGGAUGUCAGCAUUCCCCCCGAGACCUUCCACAAGCACGUGGACGUCAGUUUGACCUACAUCAACCGAUUCCUCAAACAGAUGAGCAAACUCUUCCUGGUCGAGGACCUCAUCGACUCCCUAAAGCUGGCUGUAGUGAUGUGGCUGCUGACCUACGUAGGAGCCGUCUUCAACGGCAUCACCGUCCUCAUCCUGGCUGACAUCCUCCUAUUUGCCGUGCCCCCGUUCUAUGAGAAGAACAAGACCCAGAUUGAUCGCUACAUGGAGAUUGCACGCACUCAAGUCAACACCACAAUGGCUAAGUUGCAAGAGAAACUCCCUGGAGCCGUCAAGCGUACGAAAGCUGAAUGAGCGGCCCGCAGACAUCUAAAUCACCAUCCUCAUCACAUUUAUCCCAUCUUAAAUCCCCUCCUCCCUGCCCUCCCCUCCUUCUCAGUCCUCCUCCCCCUAUCCACCCUCUAACCCCCACUCCCUCCCUCUUUUCCACCAACCACCAUACCAUCUGCACUGAACCAGCUAGGUAGAAGAAAACAAGUAAUGCUACUCAAUAUUCAAUGUAAAACCGUGCAGCUUAACUAAGAGCAUUUAGAGAAAGAACUUUGCCUACUGUGUCGACAGGAAACACGUCUAGCGGGAGGAAAUGAUGUAAUGCCGUGGCAGGACGCCUGUCUUUGGGCACACAAAAAAAUUAUGCAGGGGUCAAGUGAACUAGACGGAAUCUAUGACCUGGUUUUGUAGUGUACAGUUGGCGUGUGUAGGGUUUGUCAUUGACGAGUGAGGAUGAGUGUUAGUCUCGCAAAAAAAAGCAAAUGUCUGUACUUUUAACUAAUAUAUUCAGCUGAAAGUAAACAAAACAAGUAGAAAAGUAAAACGCAUAAAAAGAGCAAAAUGAUUUUAAAAACGUACCUUUGGGUGUAAAUUGGCUUGUCUUUUUCCUGCUCUCGCUCUGUGACAGCUGUGUGGAUAAACAAAAAAUAUAUCAAGUUUGUGUUUGGAACGUGGUACUGGGAUUUCACUGUUACGGAUUGGCCUGUUUUGGUGUUAUUGUGUUUUGUUCACCUUAAAGGCACUUAUGUAUGUAUAACGUUUCUGCAAUGCACUGAACUUUUUUUAAUUUUUAUCCCACGAGCAGGUUGAAAUAAAAGGAUUGGAACACUGAACCAGCUGUGAUACUUUUGGUCUAGUUCACCCUGUUUGAUUUGAACGCAUUUGGUAUGUUUCUGUAUAUACACUACAACGGGGUCCCUCUUUCUCUGCUGUAUGAAACGAGUUAGCCUUGUUUGUUAUGAAAGGAGAACUCCCUCUUACAGCGGUCAUAACUUGUGUUUUGUCGCACCUGUUCAAGUCGACGUCAAUGUUUCACUGUCGCCUGUAAAAGUAUAUUAUUACUAUUAUUGAUAUGAUUCUUAUUUGCUUAUAGGAUUGCUGCUUUUGACUCCCUUUCAGCCUCGUAAAGGCUCCAUAAAGCUUCAUAGUUGCUUCAUGAAGCUUCAUAACCGCUUGACUUCUCCAGUGAGACCUCUUGGAUAUGGGUUCAAAGAACGGACAGUUUUUGACAGUAGCUGGACGUAUAACUAUGACGGGAACGAUAGAUGCAAGAAAAGAUUUGGUGGGUGUUGUAAUGAGUUUUAGUAAAAAAUGUCUUUGAAUGCCAUGUAGUGCAUGUCAUUGCAUGAGCUGGAAACAUUCGCACACUUUUUUUAUGUAGGCUGUAUCAUAUUCUUAACCCAUUUUGUUUUUGUUUAUAAGAUGAUCAUUAUUUGUGAUUGCUUAAAUUUGUGUUUUGGUAUCAAUAAAAAACAUCUAUUUUAGGGCUACUUUUCUGCAAUGGCAAAGUGUCUUCGAAAGGGAUUUUAGAAAUUGAAUUUGAAAAAUAUUAAGACUGUUCCUAUUCUGUUCGCCAAUACUCCUAGAUAAUGUGCUCGAAGUAAGUUUGCACCUCCGUUGUAAUUUUGGGAGGAAUCCCUCUACAUUGGAUGGUCACUAAAGAUAAAACACUAAUGUUGUAACAUAAAUUAUACAAUGACCGUUUCACAUUGCCUCAAUGCAUCUACUACUACUACUACUACUACUACUACUCAAAUGUAUGUUAACUGCUGAAUGUUACCCUGCAACAAUGAUAGAACAUUCCUCCCCAUGCAUGAAAACCAGUGUUUCACAGUGGCCCUGAUGUUGUCAGUGUGCACACCGCCUCACAGAGAUGUGGUGCAACAAUGCUUAUUGGUUCCCUUGUUCAUUCAAGCCAAUGGACACAUACUCUACUUGCUUCACUAGGGUAAGGUCUAACUCUACCCUCAAUUCACCGGCUCAAGCUAUUGGACAUGUUUGUUCUGGAUGUUUGUUUUUCACACGCGCGCACAUACACGCUCACCCACAGUCGAACGUAUCCAAUGUCUGUAAACCACUGUGUCCUUGUGAUGCUGAACUAAUUAUACAUUCAGUUGCCAUGAUGACCUCGUGAUUACAAGGUGUUCCAGACAGUCAGGCUUUUCAUGGGCGCUCCCCCUCAACCUUUUCAUUGAAGGCAAUGCUACCUAUGUGUUCAAUAGAUUAUAAUACAGACCUCUUACUUUAGUGUCUUUAUUCUUCCUUUGUCAAUUACAAUAUAAUUCUACAUUUUAAACUGGUUUCCUUGAAGCAUGUAUUUUUUUUCUCAUUUUUCCUGCUGUUUCUUUCUUGGAGGGGAUUGGCAGUUUUUUUUUUUCUUCUUUGGCUUUCUUUGUUUAGCUUUUGACUAUAUUGGUAACUAGGUGUGUUAACUAACAUCUCCAGCUCUGUCUGUUAGAAAUGACUUUUGAUCGCUUUUGGGGGGGGGGGGGUGAAGAAAAUUUGCUAAAAAUAAAUCUGUGGUCCCUGUAGUGAUGUUAAAGUGGAAUUAAUAAACAUAUUCCAAAAGA